AUGUUUUUGUUUUUGUGUUUCCGGAGUUUGGAUGUACGUUUGUUGAGCAUUUACCUGAGAUUUUCACAAGAUUUGAUGACAAAUAAAAAAUUUUGGUUUUGGGCAAUAUCUAAAUAUGUUAAUAAGAAAAGCUCGCUCAUUGAUUUACAAGAUUUUCUUCGUUCUGAUUUCCCGAAUUAUUGA